AUGGCUCAAACUUAUCAGAAAAGUCAUUACGACUAUGACGGCAUUCAACGACUCCCAUACAUGACAUUGGUGAGGACAGUGAUCAAGGCUCUGCCAGGAAACGAACAUCGAUGGCUUGUUCCCGCUGCAGACGACGCAAGAUCAAGUGCAGUGGCGGAUAUCCUUGCCAAGCCUGUCGAAGUGCUGGAGUUGAUGCCAGUGCAUGUUUGUAUCAUAGAGUACGCUUGCUUCAUCGCUCUUCCACAAAAUACCUUGUUGAUCAUCCCUUCGCAGGUAGGCACAAGUCAAACUUUCGAUCUCGACACCUCUGUUGGCGGACCUUCGCCCAUGGCUCCCAUCUCUCCAUACAGCCCCGUUUCACCCACUGGGACUGGUUACCCUGCGUAUCCUACAGAUGACAGGUCGUCUUCAGUACCAGCAUACGGCAGAACUGGCUAUCCACAGACCUCCCUUCCGGCUUAUAGCUAUGAUGUUGACACACCUACAUACGCAAUCAGCGACGACUCUCGAGCGUGGACAACCGGACAUCGCCCCAGUCCUGCAAUGGGCUAUUACCAGCAAGAAAGCCCGGCAGCUUACGACUACCCAACUCCUGUGUCCAGAAUCUCGAGUGACUCCAAUGAACCUCUUUCUCCCCUCAACAUGAGCACCCUUCAAUCUUCGCUACCCCUUCCGCUUGAGCGCCGUUUACCAGCUCCCAACUUUGUUGGCACUCCAAUCACUCCUGACAACGACAUCCGCAGUCCUAUCAGCGCACGACUCUCGAGCCUAAGCAUCAGUGGUCCUUACGGUAGAAGUAACAGUGCAUCUUGGGCUGUGGAUGGCGUCGAACGCCGCCAGCCUUCCAUCCAUGAUCUUGCUGAGGCCAGUAUGAUGCUGCCCCCCGUCACACGCGGGCUGACUGGUUCCACUGCUACACUGCCUGCUCUUGGACAAGACGCCACUCCUAUGUCUACUGCAAUGUUCGUGUCUUCCCAUGGAAGUGAUAACAUGGCUUCCCUUCAAGCCUCGACAGGUGCCUCACAACCCAACUACUACAGUGCCGGUACAUCCGCGCUCCCCUCGUUGACCACUGGUAUGCUUCCACCUUCAAGCUAUACACGCUAUACGGCCAUCAACAACAGCAACUCGUCCUUGCCAGUCAUCAACACAAACGAUCGCACAGAUGCCACUUCCUAUUACGGUUGGACUCCGACAAACGCAAACAGCACAGAAGCCUUGCCUACCAUCAACAAUGUCGAGGCUACUGCUCAGUCUACCGCCGGCGUCGACAGAAAAUACACACCUACACAGCUUUCUGCAAGAUACCCACCCCUUCACCAUCCGAGACCGAAGGUUGUGCCCUCUACUCCCCACGCUACUACACUCGAGAAACACGACCGCGUGCAACAGAAGGAUGAGAAGCAUCAGAGACCUUCCUCCGGAUCGAGUCAGCACAAGCCCUCCUCGGGAUCCUCAAGCUCGACACACGGCAAGAAGUCAGGGCACAAGCCUAGCAAAGGCAGUCUGUGA